AUGGAGACAUGUCACCACAAUAGUAGACAAAGGCGAUACAACACCCCACAUUUCCUUCAGGCAUCCAGCGGGGUGCCAGUGCCGACCGCAGGAUGUCGUAGUAAUUAUAAAGAUAUUUAUGUUUUACUCGAACGUUUGUGUAAAAGUUUUACAGGCGCCAAAGGCAAUCACAGGGAUAUUUUACGCCAUGUAACCCAAUACAUAUCAAAUUGCCCCUCAGCGUUGGGCUCAACCAUGCCCUAUGAUGAAUCUUCCCUGCUAACGAAAAUAACACAACAUCUGAAUGCAGCUCAGGCAUCAGGUACUGCUUCCAUUUUAAAAGCAUCGAACAGUAGUGGUUCUUCAAAUAAUGCAGCCUUGUUCCUUAACCUAAAUGAACAAUUAAAAUCCAGUCAACUGGAAGCCCGCCAACGCAAUGCAUUGUUAACAUUUCUUUUAUUUAUGGCUGAUUCGAAGUACACAUCAGAAAAUGGUGGUGGUUCAAGUAAUUCCACAGCUGCACCGACACUAUCGCGCACACGUUAUAGCAAUCCAAAUGCUUCCUUGCCACCGAAUAAUACCAUACAAACAUUAAGAAGUCAUACAUUGCAAAAGAACCAACAAUCAGCCACAAUGAUGGGCAUGGGAAAUGGAGGGGUAUCUGGCAUUUAUAAUUCUUCCGAUAUCAGUCACAAAAUAUCCGUUUUACGUCAAUCCAAUUAUCAAACUGGAAAUCAUAGUGGUUCGGAAAACGAUACAACUUCGAACAGUAUGAUACCCACAGCAGCAAGUACACAAUUCCCCCUAAGGGCAGGAAGUGUUGGUCCUGACACGAAUAAAAUGCUGGAAUCUCAAAGCAAUAUCAACGAUGAUAUUGUACAAAAUGUCAUAUAUGCUUUUACCGGAAUACCAGGAAAAUAUCUAAAGAAAGAUGUGGUUUCGGGCAAAUUUAAAUUAGAUGUUAAGGCAAAACAUUUGAAUGUUGUACAAGCUGGCAUGAUGUUACGCCUAGCUGAGCUAGGCUAUUAUCAUGAUUUGGUUAAAUCAUAUACAGAUACCAAGAGUGGUCUAUGUGCCUUGGGUUUAAUGGGCCAGGGAUUUAUAUCGGCUCUGAGAGCUGAACUAACAAAGUAUUAUGGUAUGGUUGCUCUGUUACAGGAACAGCUUAAUAAACAGAAACAGUGUGAAAAAAGUGGUACAUUACACAACAUAACAACAAAUCGUCAGGAACGUUUGACACUAAUGAAAAUUCUUGUAUGGUCGGUGGAUCCAUUGCAACGGUUACAGCUGCUUGCAGCAAUUGCGGAAGCAUGCCAAGAAAAGAAGGGCGGUGCUUUGGCCUCUACAGUACAUGGUUUCCUAAGCAGUGGCAAUCCGAUGGUUAAACAUGUGGCCAAAGAACUAUUAGUUGCCAUAUGUGGACCGUUGUAUCAAAUGUUGACCAAAUGGUUACUUGAAGGUGAAAUAUGUGAUCCACAUGGUGAAUUUUUUAUUGAAUGUCUAGUAGAGGUGGGUCCAGAUCGCCUCUGGCACGACAAGUAUCGGGUGCGUUCUUCCAUGUUGCCGAAUUUCGUGACCACCGAUAUGGCCAAUAAAAUUUUAGUUACCGGUAAAAGUAUAAAUUUCCUGUGUGAAAUAUGCGAGGACAAACAGCCGGUAAAGGGUAGAGAUGAACUAAGGCAAUGCAUAGAAGAAAAUGCCGAGCAUAUAUUCUCCGCCGUGGCAGAUACUAAACUCCACUCCAUUAUUGAUUCAAUUUAUUUGAAUACAUCCAAACGGGUGUUGGACAUUGUUAUGGGCCCGCAUAAACUAUUGGAACAUCUACAGGCUAUGCGACGUUAUUUGCUGCUGGGUCAAGGCGAUUUUAUUGGCAUUUUAAUGGAGAACUUAAAAUCGGAAUUAGACAAGCCAGCCAAAGAAUUAUAUUCCUAUGAUUUGUCUUCCAUUAUGGAUGCUGCCAUCCGAUCAACAAAUGCCCAAUAUGAUGAUCCAGAAAUUCUCAAUCAUUUGGAUGUAAGAUUAAUGUCACCAUGUGAUGGUGAUAUUGGUUGGGAUAUUCUAUCGUUGCAGUAUACUGUAAGGGGUCCCCUUGCCACAAUGCUGGAGCCUUCAAUGCGCAUUUAUCAAGUUCUCUUUAAGCCCCUUUGGCGUAUGAAACAUAUGGAAUUUGUUUUGUCAUCAAAAAUAUGGAAGGAUCAAAAAUGCAAUUCAAAG